GCGCCCGACGGCGGCACCACGCGCUCCCCCUCCAUCGACAGCAUCCAGAAGGACCCCAGGCAAUUUGCGUGGCGAGACCCAGAGCUGCCCGAGGUCAUCCACAUGCUGCAGCACCAGUUCCCGUCGGUGCAGGCCAACGCUGCUGCCUACCUGCAGCACCUCUGCUUCGGGGACAACAAGGUGAAAACAGAGGUGUACAGGCUCGGGGGCAUCAAGCACCUGGUGGACCUGCUGGAUCACAGAGUCCUGGAGGUGCAGAAGAACGCGUGCGGGGCCCUGCGGAACCUGGUGUACGGCAAGUCCACGGACGAGAACAAGGUGGCCAUGCGGAACGUGGGCGGCAUCCCGGCCCUGCUGCGGCUGCUCAGGAAGUCUGUGGACCCUGAGAUCAAAGAGCUGGUGACAGGGGUGCUCUGGAACUUGUCCUCGUGCGACGCCGUGAAGAUGACAAUCAUCAGAGACGCUCUGUCCACGCUGACCAACACUGUGAUCGUGCCCCACUCGGGCUGGAACAGCUCCUCCUUCGACGACGAUCAUAAGAUUAAGUUUCAGGCUUCCCUCGUGCUGCGCAACACGACAGGAUGCCUCAGGAACCUGAGCUCGGCUGGGGAAGAGGCACGAAAGCAGAUGAGGUCCUGCGAGGGGCUGGUGGACUCGCUGCUCUUUGUGAUCCACACCUGUGUGAACACCUCAGAUUAUGACAGCAAGACAGUGGAGAAUUGUGUGUGCACCUUGAGGAACCUUUCGUACCGCCUGGAGCUGGAGGUGCCUCAGGCACGGCUGCUGGGCAUCAAUUGCUGGGGGAAGAAAAAGAAGAAGAAAAAAAAAACCUCCCAGGAGGAUCAGUGGGAUGGCGUUGGCCCUAUCCCAGGAUUCUCCAAGUCUCCUAAAGGGGUGGAGAUGCUCUGGCACCCGUCGGUGGUGAAGCCGUACCUGACACUCCUGGCAGAGAGCUCCAACCCAGCCACUCUGGAGGGCUCCGCGGGCUCUUUGCAGAACCUCUCUGCAGGCAACUGGAAGUUCGCAGCGUACAUCCGCGCGGCCGUGAGGAAGGAGAAGGGACUGCCGAUCCUCGUGGAGCUGCUGAGGAUGGACAACGACCGAGUGGUGUCCUCCGUGGCCACUGCCCUGCGGAACAUGGCGCUGGACGUGCGGAACAAGGAGCUCAUCGGCAAGUACGCGAUGCGGGACCUGGUGAACCGGCUGCCGGGCGGCGGCCCCGGCGCGCUGUCCGACGAGACCGUGGCUGCCAUCUGCUGCGCCCUGCACGAGGUCACCAGCAAGAACAUGGAGAACGCCAAGGCGCUCGCCGACACCGGCGGCAUCGAGAAGCUGGUCAACAUCACCAAGGGCAGAGGGGACAGGUCGUCCCUGAAGGUGGUCAAGGCCGCGGCUCAGGUGCUGAACACGCUGUGGCAGUACAGAGACCUCCGGAGCAUUUACAAGAAGGAUGGAUGGAAUCAGAGUCACUUUAUUACACCAGUGUCGACACUGGAGCGAGAGAGGUUCAAGUCCCAUCCCUCCCUGCCCACGGCCAAUCAGCAGAUGUCACCUGUCAUGCAGUCAGUUGGCAGCACGUCCUCGUCCCCAGCCCUGCUGGGGAUCAGGGAGCCGCGCUCCGACUACGACAGGACUCACCCUUCUAUGCAGUAUUACAGCAGCCAGGGCGAUGUCAUCGCACACAAAGACAUCUACACUGGUUCCAGCAAAGCUUCACCAAUUUACAUCAGUUCCUAUUCCUCACCAGCGAGAGAACAGAACCGACGGCUACAG